AUGGAUCAGUGGUUAGAGCGCGAAUUUACCGACCAGAAGGUCCGUGGUUCGAAUCCGACCUCCACCUUUCGACUUCUGCUGUCUAGACUGGACAACCUGGGCACUAUCCCAGCCCUUGUGCUUCCUUCGGAUGGCAAGCAGUUAGGCACCGAAAAAGUGUUACAGCUCAACGAUUGCAUGAGAAGAGGUCUGGACUGGUUUGGUUACCAAGUUACCAAGUUAAGAACUUCUUAUCGUCUUCUGGUUGACAGGAUUAGGGACUAUGUGUGCAAAAACAAAAUGUAA